UUCAGUCCACUACUUAGCUACCAUAUAAUCAACAUGUAUUUUCUUUCUGAACUCUUAGCACUAUCAAUUGCUUGGUUGUUAGCCCUUUUUGUUGCUUGCAAAUACAAAACUAGAAACAGAGAAACUGUUGCACCUAAAGCUCCAGGUGCGUUGCCCUUUAUAGGUCACCUCUAUCUUCUUAGUGGCAAUCUUCCUGUUUGUCGAAUCCUUGGACUCAUGACAGAUAAAUAUGGACCCAUUUUUCAACUGCAGCUGGGAUCCCAUCCAGCUCUUGUUGUCAGCAGUUGGGAAAUGGUUAAAAAUUGCUUCACAGCUGGCAAUGAUAAAAUAUUUGCUAGUCGACCAAGCAUGGCAUUAAGCAAGUACUUAGGCUACAAUGGAGCAAUUUUUGCUUUAGCCCCUUACGGACAAUACUGGCGUGAUAUUCGUAAAAUGGUAACUGUUGAACUCUUAACCAACAGUCGUCUUGAGAAGCUAAAGCACGUCCGUACAUCAGAAGUGAAUUGCUCUAUAAAAGACUUGUACUCAAAUUGUAGUAGUAAUAAUAAUAGUGAAGUGAACUUAAGUAGUUGGUUUGAGAACAUAACGUUCAAUAUAAUCAUCAGAAUGCUUGUUGGGAAGCGAUUUACUGGAUGUUUUGAGGCGGAGAUGAAUUUCAAGGAGUCAAUAAAGAAAGUGUUGUACCUCGGUGGGACUUUUGUUUUUUCUGAUGCAAUUCCGUCGAUUGAAUGGAUGGAUAUUGGUGGAUACAUUAAAUCAAUGAAACAGACUAAUAAAGAAGUUGAUAGUGUGUUGGAUAGCUGGUUAAAACAACAUAUAGAGAAAAGAAAAGAUUGUGAUUCAAAUUCUAGUGGAUCAGACCAAUCUGAUUUUUUUGAUGUGAUGCUUUCUACUCUUCCUGAGGAAACAAUGGAGUCUGGAUACGACCGUAAUGCCAUUAUCAAGGCAACAGCUUUGAUACUUAUCAUGACAGCCUCAGAGAGCACUGCAGAGACAUUAAUAUGGGCACUAUCUAUGCUUAUAAAUGACACCCGCUCAUUGAAAUUAGCCCAGGAUGAGCUAGAUGAGCAUGUAGGAAGAAAUAGAUGGGUUGAAGAAUCCGAUAUCAAAAACCUUCCUUAUUUGCAAGCCAUAGUAAAAGAAACCUUACGUCUCUACCCACCCGGUCCUUUGGCAGGGCCUCGAGAGGCCAUCGAAGACUGUUAUGUUGGUAAUUAUCAUAUUAAAAAGGGAACUCGUUUGAUUGUUAACUUGUGGAAGCUUCAACGAGACUCGAGAAUUUGGGAAGAUCCGAAUGAGUUUAAACCAGAGAGGUGGUUCUUGAAGGAACAUUCAGAGUUUAAUUUUAGAGGACAAAAUUUUGAAUAUAUUCCAUUUAGCUCUGGAAGAAGAAUGUGCCCUGGUUUGACGUUUGGAAGUCAAGUAGUGCAUUUGACGCUAGCAAAAUUACUUCAUGGAUUCAAUAUAUCAACGACAAGAGAGGAACCAAUAGAUUUAAGUGAGGGCUUAGGCAUUGCCUUACCUAAAGUGAAGCCUCUUCAACCAUUUGUUUCUCCAAGACUGGCUGUGGAACUCUACCAAAAUCUUUGAACAAAGAAUAUGCAGGUUGGGUGUGAUAAG